CAGAACAUGGCACAAAUCCAUAGAGUCACUGGCGAUUUCCUGUUCCAUGUUAGUAGGAAUGGACUACUAAAUGGGUUCCGCGAGACAAUCGUAACCGGGGGUUAUAUACUUUGGUUGAUAUGGCUCGAAGUGGUACCGGCCACCACUUUCUCUUUCGUUUUUUCGCCACUGUUUUAUCUUAACUCGUCUUUUCACAAAAAUGCAUGAGAUGAACUGAAUUACGAUUCUCAUCGUAUAUAUUAUUCCUAAUUUUCAGGUACUUUCAGACUUGAAGAUUCCGUCUGAUUAUAACAAAUGAACCUCAGUGUUCGAUUCCUUGAAACUACAGUUAACGAUACUGUAAAUACUAUAUAUGGAACCAUAUUAUCGAUUCCGUGGAGCAAUGAACUGUGGUUAGUUUCAUUAAUAGGAUUCCAUUUUCUCGUAUCUGUUUGUAUAAUUGCUUUCCGCAAACGUACUGACCUACUGCUGUGUAUCUUGUUUAUUUCCCUUGGUACUGUUUGGUGUUCACAUUGGAUUAAUGAAUUGGCUGCUAAUAACUGGAAUUUGUUCGCUACUGAGCAAUACUUUGAUAGCUAUGGAUACUUUAUAUCAUGUAUUUGGAACAUCCCUGCUAUUUUAAACAGUCUAUUAAUUGUUAUAAAUAGUUUACUAAUUCAGUCUAAACGAUUGCAAAUCGCCGGCAAAAAGCGAACAAAAAUAGAUUAAACACUAAUUUAUUUUUAAUAAAAUUUCUGAGUCUAUAACUGAUCACUGUUUUCUUGGCGUACCAAAUGUCUGCCAGUCAGUAAAGUGACUUAGCUAAUUUUCACAUCACAUGACAUGAUUAAACUGAGUAAGUAGCUGGAACAAACUAUGUGGCAGAUUUAUGAAACCACAUACGGCUGGUCGGUUUUUUGAUUUUCGUGGAUCUUCAGAAUGAUGGAAAAGCGAUUAAAGACUACAUUAAUGUGGCUGAAAAUGAAUUAUACGUGUGAAUCCUACCCCACAAUCACUUUCAAAUAUUUUGUGUCAUUCUAAUC